AAAGUCAAAAAGGGAAGGAAGAAAUUUCUCUUCUCUUUCUGUGGAGCUCUAAGGAAAUUAAAGUUGAUAGUUGUAGGAGGUUGAAUAAAUAUGUUGGAUGAAGUUGCAUUUAAUGCAACACGAUAACUAUUUAGGGGAUAUUGGUAUGAACACAAUGAAUAUUUACUUAUAGGUUGUUAUAGCUGAAGCAGAAUCACAAAGUCAACUAAUGUGGCUUUUGUUUGACUUUGUAGUCAUACAAAGACAAAGACUUGCGUUUUAAGCUAGCAAGCAUAUCAUGCAUUCAUAUAUUAGUUCAAGACCAAUAUUCAAUCUUGUUCCAAAACACAGCACAAAAAAUGGGUGUUCUUUCAGUUUUGUCUUGUUUCAUUAAACCAUCUUCUGAUUCUUAUCCAACACUCAUGUCAGCAAAACCACCUUCAUCCAUUGUAAAUGAACUUUGCCAUCAGUUUUCUCUUGCAGAGAUACAAUCAGCAAUAGCAAGAAAUCCCAACGAGUUUUCGAAACUAGGACAACCCCGUGGAUUCAAGAAUGUUUUCAAAGGUUAUCUGCAGAAUAGUAAUAUCCCAAUUGCCAUCAAGAGGUGCAGCAUUGGAUCAUUUUCACAGCAGCUGUUCUCAGAGUUCAAGAAUGAGAUUGUCUUGCUUUGUCAGCUGCACCAUCCUAAUCUCAUGCCUCUAACCGGAUUCUGUAUCGAAAGAAACGAGUUGAUUAUCGUGUACGAAUACAUGUCUAAUGGCUCCCUUUUUGAUCAUCUUCAUCAUAUAUACCAUGAUCCACUUUCAUGGAAGAGGAGGCUUCAAAUUUGCAUAGGUGUGGCUCGUGGACUUCACUAUCUUCACACUGGAGCCAAGCAUGUUAUCAUCCACCGCCACAUUAAGACAAGUAACAUUCUUUUGGAUGAUAACUGGGAGCCUAAAGUUUCAGAGGAAAUUGUUGAUCCAUUUCUCAAGUCAAAGAUUGAUUCAGAUUGUUGGAGAACUUUUGUUGACAUCACUGAGAGAUGUUUGGCUGAAGAUGGAAGGGAGAGGCCAGACAUGGGGGAAGUGGAGUUGGAGCUUGAACAUGCACUGCAAUUGCAAGAGGAAGCUGAUGCCAAGAUUAUUGGUUCAGAAAAUUUUGAUAGAAUAUGAUUUUCUUUUUCUGAGUUGCAUCCUGC